AUGCACACGAUCAUUUGAGUGAAAUUAUGUAUAAUAUAAUUAACUUGCACCAAAUGCCAAAUAAUUAUAAAAUACCUACGUUGUUUAUUGUCUACCUACUUUGUAAAAAGCAUAUAUAUUAAUAUCCUCAUGCAUGGUGAGUAUCUUGCACCAAAACACAGCACUAAACGAUAUGGCUUCUCUCUCCCUGACUCACCCAUUGGCGAUCAGUACUACUCCUUCUGCUCCCACUAUUCGAAUCCCAUUUUCCACUAAACACAAUCAACUUGGCUUUGUACGUAGAAAACAUGCAUGCAAAGCCAGUACUAGUACAAGUAACAGUGCUACAACUGAUGACGAUGAGAACAAAAAAAAUCCUAAAAAACUUGACAGGAGAGACAUGUUGAUAGGCCUAGGAGGACUCUACGGCGUGGCUGGCCUGGCCACAGAGCCGUUCGCCUCCGCAACACCAGUGGCUGCACCUGACCUCUCCACUUGCCACACCCUGAAGGACCCACCACCUUCUGCACCACUCAACCCGGGUGAUGUCAAAUGUUGUCCCCCAUAUAGCGAUAAUAUCAUUGACUUCAAACCAGCUCGAUCAUUUACUAGAUUACGAAUUCGCCCCGCCGCUCAUACUCUCGACCCAGACGGCAUUGCCAAGUACAAGAAAGCCUUAGAGCUAAUGAGGGCUUUACCUGAGGACGACCCGAGAAGCUUCGCUCAACAAGCAAAAAUUCACUGUGCUUAUUGUAACGGCGCUUAUGAUCAAGUCGGGUUUCCAAGCCAGUACAUUCAAGUUCACAACUCCUGGCUCUUCUUUCCCUUUCACCGUUGGUACUUGUACUUUUACGAAAAGAUCUUGGGGAACCUAAUCAACGAUCCCACUUUCGCUUUACCAUUUUGGAAUUGGGAUCACCCAUCAGGCUACCAGAUGCCCUCCAUAUUCGUCGAUCCUACCUCUUCGCUUUACGAUCAGUAUCGAAACCAAAGUCACUUGCCGCCAGCCUUAAUCGACCUUGACUUCACAGUGUCUGAAGUUAAGAACCCCACGGCUGCCCCAACAGAUGCAGAACAAACCGCCACCAAUCUCAAAGUCAUGUACCGCCAGAUGGUCUCUAAUGCCAAAAACGCUACCCUAUUUUUCGGCAAACCUUAUCGGACUGGUGAUGCCCCAAAUCCGGGACAAGGUAGCAUCGAGAGCAUUCCCCACACUCCAGUACAUAUAUGGACUGGCGACAACAGAAGGGCUAAUUGGGAAGACAUGGGAAACUUCUACUCAGCUGGACGAGAUCCCUUGUUUUACAGUCACCAUGCUAACGUUGACCGAAUGUGGAAUAUUUGGAAAUCUCUACCCGGAGCCAAAAGAGUGGACAUAACCGAUCCAGAUUUUCUCAACACCACGUUCGUGUUCUAUGACGAGAAUGCUCAGUUGGUUCGGGUCAAAGUCGGUGACUCACUUGACAGUAGAAAAUUAGGUUACGUUUACGAAGAUGUUGAUCUUCCUUGGCUAAGGUCAAAGCCUAGAGCUACUAAGUCAAAGAUAGUAAAAAUGUUGAAAAAAUACGGAGUGGCUUGUGCUGCCGAUGCUACGCCGGUGACCCAGUUCCCGAUAACGUUGGAUAAGACGGUGACGACGGUGGUGGCGAGGCCGAAGAAGUCAAGGAGUAAGCUGGAGAAGGAGGAUGAAGAAGAGGUUUUGGUUAUUCAAGGGAUUGACUAUGCCAAUAACGUGCCUGUUAAGUUUGACGUUUAUAUUAACGAUGAGGAUGAUGAUGCCGUUACUGGGCCUGAGAAGUCGGAGUUUGCGGGGAGCUUUGCUACGGUGCCACAUUCGACUGAUUCUGGUGCUACUAACAUCAAGACUGAGCUGAAUUUGGGGAUAACUGAGCUUUUGGAGGAUAUCGGAGCUGAUGAUGAUGACAAGGUGAAAGUGACUUUAGUUCCCAAGAGUGGUAAGGGCAAAGUUAAGAUCGAUGGGAUCAAGAUUGACUUCAUCUCUUGAAUCUAUUGGUUUUAUUAUAUAUGUGUAUGUUCAUGUUUUCCUUCCUACAUUUUUAAGCUAUGUGAUGAACUAUGGUUAAGUUUUUUAUAAAUAAGUGAUUGAAGUCCUGGUAAAGUAGAGGUGAGAGUGGAUCGAUUAAUGAUGUACCAUUCUAUAAAGCGAGUCACUUAGUUUCUCUACUGAAGAAAAACAAUAUAAUUAUAUUUUAGUAUGAGCAUUAUUAGUUACUUUGCCGCCUAACACAUGCAUACGGAUACCGCACGCUGUGAUAUUGAUUAGCGGUUUCUUAUA